GUUAGAACGAGUGAUAAAGCAAGGAACUUGGUGCUACCAAACAUGUCGAUUUAUUAGUUAAAAAUUGAUUAGUGAGAAAAGAGGAAGAAAGGUUGCAACUAAAAUAGGGGCUGCCAUUUUAUAAAGUACCACCUUCUCCCUUUCCUUUUCGAUUUCCACAGCUUUCCACGAGUUUUGCUUGUUCUUGAAGCUCUAGGAUAUGGGCUGCGCUUCCGCAGCCUUUUAUGUCCACGUUUACCAUCCACCGAUAAACCCCGCCUCUUCCGCUGCCGACAUUGCCGCGAAUAUCCUUCCCGCCAAUUUGAACCGUUUACACUGGCCCAGGAAAACGUACUUUCCCUCCUCGUUUAUCAGGAGACCCGGCCACACACUUCUUCGACCUUUCGCCGUCUCCAGUAAUAGCUCCGGUGGAAAUAACAACAACAGCGGUGGUGGAAAUGGCGGUGGAAGCGGCGGCGAUUGGUGGAAUGAUUUCUUCAAUUUUGAUAAGUCGCGUUUCUUUCUCCUCCCGUUUUGUUGCGUUUUCACGAAUGAAAAUGAUGCUUUUGCGUCUAUCACUUCAUGUAAGCCCCUAUUACUAUUACUGGUUUCAGUAUCGUCUUCCAUCACCUGCUGCUUGAUAUUAGCUUCACUGGUACAAGCUAAGACUAACGCUAACGAGAAUGACACAGAGAUUUUGUAUGAAAUUCGAGGCGGAAGGCGGGUUAAGCUAGUGGCUGAUCACUCCAAAGAUGAAUUCGUUGAUCCAAAACAAGCAUUUCCUUGGUGUCUAAUGGACUCGAAAUCAAAAUCUACAUCUUUCAGGAAUAUAACAACUAAUCUGUGGAUGCAAUGUAGGAACAUAAGCAUGAAUUUGAUGUUGCCAGAGGGGUUUCCUGACAGUGUCACCAGUGAUUACUUGGAAUACUCUCUUUGGAGAGGGGUCCAAGGUGUUGCAGCUCAAAUUAGCGGCGUUUUGGCCACUCAGGCUUUGCUUUAUGCUGUUGGGUUGGGGAAAGGAGCCAUCCCAACUGCCGCUGCUGUGAAUUGGGUGCUCAAGGACGGUAUUGGAUAUCUCAGCAAGAUUUUGUUGUCAAACUAUGGAAGAAAUUUUGAUGUCAAUCCAAAAGGUUGGAGGCUGUUUGCAGACCUCUUGGAGAAUGCUGCUUUUGGAUUGGAGAUUCUGACUCCGGCAUUCCCACAUCUGUUUGUGCCAAUUGGUGCUGUUGCUGGAGCAGGGCGAUCAGCUGCUGCCCUUAUACAGGCUGCCACAAGGAGUUGUUUCUAUGCCGGCUUUGCAGCUCAGAGGAACUUUGCUGAGGUAAUUGCCAAGGGAGAAGCACAGGGCAUGGUGAGCAAAGGCAUUGGAAUUAUGCUCGGAAUAGCAAUUGCUAACUAUACACGCUCUUCCACACCUCUUGCACUUACCUCUUUUGGUGUGAUUACUUGGAUUCAUAUGUUCUGUAACCUAAAAUCAUAUCAAGCCAUUCAGCUAAGGACUUUAAAUCCUUACCGUGCAAGUUUACUUUUCAGUGAAUACCUACUUAGUGGCUUGGUUCCUUCAAUUAAGGAGAUAAACAGCGAAGAGCCACUUUUUCCUGCUCUUCAAGUUUUACAUUUGAAGUCAGCAUACGAAGUGCAAAAUGAGGUUCUUUCCACAGAGGCUAAGUUUGCUGCUGCUCACGUAGUGGGCAGGUUACAGCUGGGUUCUAAAUUAUCAGACGUUGCUAGAAGCAAGGAAGAUGUUCUCGCUCUGCUUGACCUCUUCAAAAAUGAACAGUAUAUACUGGCAGAACAUCAAGGCAGAUACUGUGUUGUGCUCAAAGAGAACUCUUCACAACAAGAUAUGCUGAAAUCAUUAUUUCAUGUCAACUACCUCUACUGGUUGGAGAGAAAUGCGGGAAUUCUAUCAAAUGGGGUGUGCAGUGACUGUAGCCCAGGGGGUAGACUCGAAAUAUCUUUACAAUACAUUGAGAGGGAAUUUGAGCAUGUCAAGAAUGAUAGCGAAGUUGUAGGUUGGGCGGUUGAUGGUCUUAUUGCUAGACCUUUGCCCAACAGAAUCCGCCCAGGUUAUCCGACUGCCUCUCCUGUUGUGUCCGGUUGAUUGGUUUGCAACUUUGCAAGAGGCUGUUCUCUUGUCUCAUUUGAUUGCUGGCUUCAAUUCAUCAAGGUUCUGUUCAAGUUGAAAGAUGGUAAAUUCCAUAAUCCUAUUUGGUUCUGAGUAAGAGUUCUAACCAAUUCUGGAGAGAAGGCAACUUUGCAUAAGACUAGUUUUCAUAGUAAUGUACUAGAGUAUAUAACAUAUAUGCUAAUGGCUGUUCAUUGCAUCAUUUAACCGUGUCCUUCAAUUUUUUGAUGCUGGUUUGAUCUCAAUUUUAACCUUUGCAGUGAUAAUGACUAGUACAUGAUGUAGUCUUUAAGAUAUAUAUUUUGUAUAAGAUUGGUUGAAUGUACUGGUUCUUUAAACAUCAGAUGAGCUGUAUGAUUGGGUUAAGUUUGGGGGUUAUGAGUCCGGUUCAAGGCAAGUUUUAAGGUUUGGUUUCAGAUGUAUAAAUAUAACCAUAU